UCAUGCCCUUACCUGGAGUGAUGAAAAUGUGGCCGUCGGUGUCCAUGUGCGCCCGCUUCCCUGGCCACCAGUGGCAGUGGUGGAGGAAGGCAGCCCUGCAUGCAGGCUGAGGAGGCUCAGCCCACGCUGGCAUCACUGGGUCUUCCCCAUGCCUUCGUUCCUUGCACUGUCUGUCUCACCACCAGCCAGGGUGAAUGAAAGAAGAGGGUACAGAGGAGCUGUGGUGGCACGGAUCCAGCCAUCCAAAAGCUGCCCUUUGUUCUCCCAUCCCUGUGUUGCUUCAUCCCUGGUCGAUGUGCCGAGGACCAGACCCGGUUCAGGCACUCUGCUCCCUCUUGCUGCUGUUAAAGGGAAGACAGGAGAAGAAAUCCAUGGAUGUACUGGAAAGGAGAAGGAUGGCAGGGGCAGAGGGUCAUCACUGAGUGGGUCAGGGUCUGCUGGAGAUGAUGCUCUUUGGACACAAAUGUGCAGGCAGGAGGAGGCACGUGCUGCCCUAAUUACAGCCCUUCUGCAGUGAGGCAGGUGACUGAUGAAUGAAAAGCUCCAGCCCAGCAGAGAGGAGAAGGGAGAGGCAGGGAACUGCCUGAGGGAGAGCUGAAGAUGCCUUUGAUUCCCCUUGGCUGGGACAGCCAAGCGUCUGCCCUGAUGGCUGCCUGCCUUUGAGCUUUCUGCCCAUGGAUGAGUGGGCAGACACUGCCCCGUGCAGCCCCACAGUCCCACUUAGCUCAGCCACGCUCCUAAACAGUGCCAAAAGUGCAGAGAUGGGAAUCACCUCUGUCCCUCAAGCCUGUCCUCAUCCUGGAGCAAUUGGAUACUGCUUUGGGGCUGAGGCAGAGGGUACCAACCUCUGUGCCCUGGGACACCACAUGGAUGGAGGGAACUGCCACACCUGCAGAGUGACAGGCGCUGGGAAGGGUAAUUGUGGGGGCAAAGGUAGCACGGGCAAGUGGCAUUCAGGGAGCCCUGCCCAUGCAAGGCAGGGCUAAGUGCUGUUGAAUUAAAGCAGCUGCAUUGUGAUGAGGAGAACAGAGUAGAGAAACAGUGGGAUUAAACACCCCAGCCCCAGGUUCUACCAACAAAACUAAGCAGGGACUACAUGAAAUCAUGCUAAAGCUAAUUAUUGUGGCCUGGGUUGCAGGAGCUCUGCUGAGGCCGGUGCUGGAGGAUGCCUCCCUGAGCUGGCUAUGGCAGUGCCUGGCCUGCCUCGGUAGCAGUGCCUGCGGUUCCAAGGUUGCUGUGGCUUAAACUAGAGCACAACUUGGCAUAUGGUGCAAGAGAAGGAAAUGGUAGAUUCAGUUGCAUCUGGGAAGGAACCUGCUUAGUCAUGGGGAUGGGUCAGGAAAUAGCCUUGGUGGUGUGACUCUGGCACCCCCUAACCCGCUGCCACUUUCCCAGGGCUGGGUGAGGAGCAGAGCUGUGUGCUGGCUGCAAACCCCUGCCCCGCCCCACCAAGUCCUCCUGGAGCUGGACAGGGCUGCGUGAGGUGUCCCUGAAAACACGGGAGCCUUUUCCUGCCUUAAGGCGAGUGGAGGCCUGGGGGAGCCUCGUAGUGCCAGUGCCCCCCAGCUGCAUGCACAGCACGCACCAGCACCGUGCCACCCCCUCAGCCAUCAGCACGCCACCACCAAACCCCUGCCAGCAAACCUGCUGUCCCCAACUUGGGCACAUGCCUUCUCCAUCAUCAGGACAGCCAUCCCAUCCUCCUGGGCUGCAGGAGCCCCAAGCAGGAGUGUGGGUGUGCUAGGCACCAAGCAAAGCUCAAGCCUCCCGAAUUAAAAGUGCAGCAGGGCCACCAGCAGGGGGAAAAACUGGAGCUGAAAUGUGGAACACUGGGUCGUGGCGUCGGUGUUUCACAUGGAAAUCAUGACUGGAAUGGCUGUGCAGAGCAUCCAGGGGAGGCUGGGCACGCUUGCUGACAGGCACAGCUUCCUCCUGCCUGCCGUGUGGGCAGCAAUGGGCUGGUGUAGAGACAGCUCUGGAGUGCUUGUGGGGUCUGGGGUAGGAUGUGUGAGUGGGCCUGAUUCUGAACCCUUGCCCUCGUGGGGUUUAACCCCUCGGUCUAUCCACACUGGCCUCAAGCACCUUGUCCUGUCCCAACCCAUUUGGUGUCUCAGAAAAAGUGCCUGAGUUCUCCUUGGAGGUGCUUGGAGGUGAUCCCAGUGAGUUGGCAAUCCCAAAAUGGGAAAAUAUCAGCCUGUCCUUCAGUGGAUGCCAUUACUUCAGGGGAGCCGUCCUGAGGGUCCCCAGUUCAGUGUGGCAGCCCUGCACAGCCCCUCUGUGCUGCCCAGCUCUCUCAGCCCCAGCAGAUGCUGGGGUCUGUGCCUCUGUGUCCCCAUCUCAUACAAACACCAGGCUUGGCUGUUCUUGCUCACCUCCAGGCCAGCAACCUUCUGACCCUUGAAGCAGCUGAUGGAGGCUGGUGGGUGAGGACAGAGGAGCUGGGGGUGGCAGGGCUGGUGCCGGGGACUCCUCAAGGGUUAACAGCCCAGAAGCAGCGAUUCCAGUGGCUGGCAGGGAAGAAUCUGAGUCAAUUAUUCCCAGUCUUGGAAAUCAUCAGCUUCUCUUCUUUUUUCUUUUUUUCUUUUUUUUUUUUUUUUAAUUGUGUAAGUAUAAAUAGUGCUGCUUGCUGCCCUCCAUCCGUGGGAGCAGAAAGACUGUUGAUUUAUAUGGUUUUCCUGACAUCACAUGAAGUGGUGGAAAACUGAAUGGAGCCAACAUUUUUCCUGCAUUACGUAAUGCCCCCUCCCUCCCAGCCCAGCUCUGCUAUUCCUGCAGGAGCCUGACUGUUCUUUAACCUUUGUUUACUUCAGCACAAACCCUUGCUUUUUUGCUUUUUUUUUUUCUGCUUUUUUUUCCAUUUUUUUCCUUUUUUUUUUUUAUUUUGCUAUAUUUUUCCUCCCUUAUUCUUCUCCUUUGUAAUCACCCGCUUGGUUUUUAUUGAGAGGCAUUAUCUGCUUAUGAAGCAGCAGCAGCAGCAGUCUGGCUCCAUUGCUCCCUGACAGCUCCCAUGUGCCAGCUCUGGUAUGGGAGCCUGUCCAGAGCCGUGUGUGGUGCUGAGCUGGUGGGUGCUGAGCUUCACCAGCUCCUCUCCAUUUGUCCAGCUGCAGCGGGCAGUGUGGAGAUUUUCUUCUACUCCUAUUCAGGCUAAAAGCGACAGCUGAGGGCUUGAGAUGCUGGUCCAGAUGAUGCUCAGUCACCCAUCCUGUCCCUACUUCUGGUCCUUAGGCUGAGCACCGGGCUCCUCUCUCCCGUGCUGGAAGCCGUGUGCCCGCUGGAGAUCAAACCAGGAUGGCAGUGUGGCCAGCAGUGAUGGCCCCACAGGCUGGGCUGCGGGGCUUGGGACCCCCCCUUGCACGACAGAGGCUCUUUUUGCUCAGUUCCGUGUGCUGGGGGAGCUUCUCCGCUGCGAUAUCGUGCUCCGACCUGUAACAGGCCCCUCAAGUGCAUUCUGAACUCCAGUCAUGAGCUUUUCAUCUGGCUCCGGAGCGCGUGUGAGAUCAUCUUCAGCGCCCCCCCUCCCCCCGCUUUUGUACCAAUUCUUCAAGGAAUGUUUAAAUUUUCCAGUCCUGUUCUUUCUAAAUUUGGAGCGUCUGUUUACUCCCAGGAUUCGGAAAGAAUGUAACAAUAUCAUCAGCGACAAAUCCCUCCCAGCCCUUCACUCGCCAUCCUCCUCAGCGAGCAGGCUGGCCAUGACCCAGGUCCUCUCCAGCCCGGCAGUGCCAUGGCCCUCCAGCACGGCUGCAGAGAGCUGUAAUUGCAUGGCUGCAGGGAUCUGGGUGGGGGCUGAGAUUUUGGGGAUUUUGGGGAAUCUACCAAAGACAGGUGACUUUGCCGCAGGCAAAAAGAAGUAGCAAGAAAGGAAAGGGGAUUUCCAUUGCAGCAGCUGACUUGGGCUGCCCAGGCAUGAGUGGGUUUAGCACUGAAGCACUGGCUGGAAUUAUUUUAGACACAAGGACUCAGAGAAAAAUGAUUUUAAUCAAAAGAAAAAGGCAAAAAAAAACUGAAAGAAGGAAAAAAAAAAAAAAACCACUUCUUUCUUUUUUUUUCUGUAUAGGGACAGCCCUAAAAAGAGGUUAAACAUCAGGGUGACUGAACAUGGCUUUGCUCAUCCUUGGCUGAAAAUUCCGUAAUGCUUUCUUGUGUCGUGUUGGUGAGAAGCCACAUGCCAGCUACACAUUCCCUUGCUGCCUGCUCCUCUUGAAACAUACUGGGCUGGAGCUGUUCUGGAGGAAAAGAGAAGAUGAAUGAAAAAAGCCAAGCUAGGCAGGUGUGAAAGCAGGGCAGAGGCAGGGCAGAGCAGAGGGGGCUUGCCUUCAGUCCAAGUCUCAGAGGCUGGAGUGGCAGCAUGAGCGUCCAAAGGUUGUCAUGGCAUAUGCUGAAGAUAAAAGCUUAGCAGGAUCCAGAACCAGGAUUGAGGUAUCCUUACAAACUGAAUGUAAGAAAAAAAAAAAAAAACUAUAAAAGAAAAUACCCCAAAUACCCACAUUUUGGCCACAGAAUCACAGAAUAUUCUGAAUUGGAAUGGACCCGCAAGUAUCAUCAAGUCCAACUCUUAAGUGAAUGACCCAUACAGGAGUCAAACCCUCAAACCCACGGGUGUCACUAGCACAAUGCUCUAACCAUGUUAGCAAAUCUCAGGGUUUAUCAGUCACAAGCUGUCUGAUGGGACUGGGGAGGCAGGACCUGAGUGCAGCUGGCAAUUUGAUGGUCACAUUCCUCAUCACCUGCUCUGCACAGCAUCACAAUUUCACCUGUUGAGUUUGGGCUGUCAGUGUGUCUGCUGGAGACACAGCAUGUGCAGAAUGCACUAGCUGGUGAGUUUUGUCCCCUGACUCCAGCAGAGCCUCUGCUCAGUACAUGGGCCUGAAGGUGCCCUUGGAGGUCAAACACUGGGGCUAUUUCAGGUACCCUCAGGCUGUAAUGUCUAAGAACACCUGGGGACUUACUGGCAUGAAUCCAUCCGAUGUACCUACAAGAUUUUCCUUUAAGUCUGAUUACUGUCUCUGAACCUCCUGCAAGCACCUCUGUCCACCUGUGGCCAUCUCCAUCCCAUAGCAUACUGUGAUGAACCCAAAGAAGCAGAUGCUUAGCUGGCAAGAGUGUGGGUAUGGAUAAGGAGGAUAUGGGAGUGGGAUGAGACGGGAGAAAGAGCUCCCAUAGGACUCUCAAUUUCUUGCUUUUCCCAGACUUGAGAAUUUUGAAGAACCAGCUUUGUAAAUAAUGUGAGUGGGGAUUCUGGUUGUUCUUCAUGUAAAAUUGCCCACAUGAUGGUCAGAAAUGGAAGAAAGAUAAGAAGGGCUGUACGGGGGCUUCCAUCCAGCUUUUCUUCAGGCUGUAGGUGAUGAGGUGCAUGGGGAUUACCUGUGGUGCUGUUUUUCUUAUGCGUGUCCAGAGGACUGGAGGUAGUAUGCUGAUACCAGCCUAGAGGGAAAGGCAUUUUUUUAAAAAUCAAAUGGGAAUACCAGAGUUUUUGAUUUUUACAAUUCUGGAGGUUUAGGUAACUCUCUGAACCUCCCUUCCUCACAUGCAAAACAUCCCUGGAGGAGCUGCUUGCUUUCCUACAGCAAAGCCAUCUGGGACCACUUUAGCCAGGGCAGGACUGUGUUUUCUUGCCCUCUAUCCCCUCUUCAGUGAUUGCUGGCAUCCAACUUCAGACACCCAGCCUGGUGGGUGCUCUGGGGAGUGCUCCCAGUCUCCUCAGUCCAAGGCACAGAGGCAGAGUAAGGUGCCCCCUUGUCACCCUGAACCACAAGCAGGAGAUGCCUGGGAGGCUUUCGGCCCGGCGGGACCAGUGACUGCAUCCCUGGGAGGGGUUAAGCCAGGUCACGUAUGUGCAAGGCUGAUUGUAUUCCAGACCUAUGCUCUAAACCUCCCUGUUUAGCAACGCUGUCGUCAGACAACUUGUUUUCCCGAUUCUAUAAUUACCCUGAGGAGCUUCCCCUCCCCCUCUGGCCGUGUUUUUUAACCAUUGGACCCAGAAAAGGCAAGCAAAAGGGUCAAAGGCAGAGUGGGACAGAGGAGAAGGGGCGUAGGGAAGAGCAGCCCUCUGAUUGCCAUGCCUUAGAAAACUGCUGUGUAAUUUCAUUUCUCAUUUCUGGAAGGCCAAGGGGAGGAAAGCAACUUCCCCAGUAAGAGAUCCUGAUGGGCAGGGGCCACUGCCCAGUUACAGUUUCCUUCCUUUUGAGAAAUCUGCCUCCCCUCAUCCGCCUCCCCCUUUUCCCUGGGCCUGUGCUGCAUGCUUGCAAAAGGUCGUCACUGGCAAUUAUUACCAGGUCCCAGUGCUGGGUGGAGAGAGGAACCGCUGGCCCUGCCCAGCUGGGCUUGUGCCAGGCUAUAGGCACUGUCCUGACAGGGUAUGUAGGUGCUGGACAGGGACUCAUCCUGCUCCCUGCUCUUGCAGGAGGAUGAUAUGAGUGUCUCCAACCCAUUGCAGCAGAUGUUUUUCCAGUGAGUUCUGUGGCAAUGAGAGUGAAGUGAGGCUGACUAGGCUGGGCGUCUCUCCCUGGGUGAUGCACCUCUUGUCUGAUAAAUAGGGGCUGGAGGCAGGAUGGGUCACAUCCUGGCCAGGAGGAGCAUCUGGGAAAAAGGGACAAGGAGCAGCAGCUGAUAGAUGGAAUGUAUUUCUGCAGUAUGGAUGUUGCCUUUUAUCUCUCUGCUUGCCAGCUGCCCCCUGCCCCAGGUGCCAACCCCUAUACUGGUUUUGCCAAAAAGGGUGCAGAAAAUGGGGAGAGAGCAGAGAGGAGUCUGCUGCCUGGGGAAUGGUGGCUGCAGGCAGCAUCUCCAUGUGGCUGGACUUGACACUGGUGGAGGAAGGGGGCUGCUGGCUAUCUGUGCUCUCUUGUGUUUUGCUGAGGAUCAGAGGGGUGUGGGACACUGGUAAGCCUCCUGCAUUGAGGUCUACUUGGUGGUGUCAUGCCCAGCUUCCCACCUGGUGCUCCCAGGAGCUCUGAACUGAAAUCUCAGUCAAACACAUCGUGAAGGACACUGGCAUUACCAAAAUAACUUGUGCCCAGGGCUCUUGGAAACCUGAGGGAGGUGGACAAACAGAGGGGCAGUGAGAAAAGGCAAAUUUUGUUUGUGCACCUCUGGGUCAGGGGCAGGUUGAGUAUUGCACCCUCUAAUUCACUACAUGCUUCCUGCAGCAUCCCCCUUGCCCGCUGCCCCUGCAUGACCCAGUGACCCUGGUAGAGAGACUAGGUCCCUCCCAGUAGACCCACAGCCACCGGAGCAGGUCACAGCUGGAUCACCCACCAGCCGGGGCAGAGCACUGCUGGCGCAGUGGCAGUGGGACACAGAGGGAUCUCCAUCCCUGGCAGGCGUUGGCACUGGCCACCAGCAUCAUGCGCCCUCCCUUGAAGUGACAGUGGUGGCAAAUGUGGGGGACCACAGAUCCCCCUGGGGACGUGCUGUGACAGUCACUUCCUGAGCAUGGCUUGUGGGGUGAAGGCUGCUUCUCUCUUCCAGCCUAGUUGGAGCACGCUUUGAAUUUUAUCCAACCUCUGACCCACAUCUGAUAAUAAUCAAACCAUAUUUGUUACAACAACAAGGCUCGUUAGGAGGCUGGCUCCGCUCGGGGUGGGGGGGAGGAGACAGCACUUAGUUAAUGCCAAUGACCUCAUCUCAUGUGAUGUCAUUCAAAGGAAAAACACUGAAGUCACUCACAUAUGGCUCAGCCUGGGGUUUUUCAGCCCAUAAAGCUUCAGAUUUUCAAAGGCACAAUACAUGCCCCCCCUUCUCUCCCCCGCUUACUAUAAUCCUGAAUGAUUUUCUGGAGGCCUGGGCUCAGAGCAAUAAAUUCGUAAGGAGCUGUGUGGAGAUGUAUUAAGGAGUUCUACGGGUGGGAAGCGGGGGACAAGUAAUUUUCUCCCCCAGAACAAAUGCAAAGAAGAAAAUACAUCACUCCCCACCUGCUUCAGAAGCCCCUAGAGAUGGAUAGACCCCCAGUGAGACCAGGAAAGGCCAUUCCUAUAUGUCCCCUCUUGCUGGAGUUUUGCACAGGAGAAGGCUUUGGCAGAGGGUACAUCUCCUCCAGACCAUGGUCCUGUUCUGCUGGGGCCAGGCAGAUAACUCCAUCUGACACGGCCAUGCACAGGUGUGAGCAGCCCAGUGCCAGCAGCCCCUUUUCCUGCCAGCUGUUGGGACCCAUUCAUUGUCAGCUGUUUGGGACCACUCCAGGAUGAGCAUCCUCCUGGGUGAUGCUCUCAGUGGAGACAUUAAGGGACAAGAUGAGCUCGUCCUUAGGGACCUGCUGUCCCCAGCUUUGCCCUGCACCAAAGAGCCCCGGAGAAGUUAUUUAAUCUUUUGUGGCUCAGUUUCCCUCUUGGGAAACUGAGAUCAUGGCAUUGCCCUUCCUGGUGCUGGGGUUCAGAGUUAAACAUGGCCCAGGGGGUGCUCGCUGAUCCUGCCAGGAGCCGCUGUGAGGAGGGGGUGCAGCCGUGGGGUGCCUUCACAGUACGAGGAGCGGCAGGGAGCCGGGAUGGAGCGCGAUGCUGCAUCCCCCUUUCGUUGUGGGGGUUUGAUGGCACCCUGGCAGGUGCUAAAAUGAGGUGUGGGCAUGAGCUUCCUCCCACCGCGUUCCCGUCCCCAUAUUAGCUGCGCGGGGCCGAAGCCGGCGCGGUGCAGCGAUCCAUCUCCCGCCGCGGCCGCUCGCUGCGGGGGGCUUUGGGCAGGCGAGAAAAUCGCGGUUGCGCCUUUAAGCGGGGAGCGAAGCAUAUGUCAGCCCGGCGUUGUGCUGCGUGUCUGUGUGCUGAGAGGCUUUGCCACCUUCUCAUCCUGCUUCCCAGGGCUCUGCGAGGGGAAGCCAGCUGCCAUCCUGCCGAUGAGCAUCUCCCAGCCUUGCUUGCCUGUGGCCAAUGUUGGCCCCACACGCAUCCUGCCACAUCUCUACCUGGGCUCCCAGAAGGACGUCCUGAACAAGGACCUGAUGACACAGAACGGGAUAAGCUAUGUCCUAAAUGCCAGCAACUCCUGUCCCAAGCCAGACUUCAUCUGUGAUAGUCACUUCAUGCGCAUUCCUGUCAAUGACAACUACUGUGAGAAGCUGCUUCCCUGGCUGGACAAGUCCAUUGAAUUCAUCGACAAAGCUAAGGUGUCCAGCUGCCAGGUGAUUGUGCACUGCUUGGCUGGGAUCUCCCGGUCAGCCACCAUUGCCAUCGCCUACAUCAUGAAGACCAUGGGUAUGUCAUCAGAUGAUGCUUACAGGUUUGUUAAGGACCGUCGCCCAUCCAUCUCGCCCAACUUCAACUUCCUGGGCCAGCUCCUGGAGUACGAGAGGAGCCUGAAGCUCCUCAAGGCCCUGAAGUCCAAGGGCGACUGGAGCGAGGGGGACGCGCAGCAGGACCCAGCAGAGGCGGCUGAGAGCAGCCGGCAUCCCCCAACACCUACCUCAGAGAAGGCCGAGGAUGUGCCGAGGAGCACCGGCUCGGCGUCCCCCACCAGUGACCCCGAGCGGCAGGGCGGGACCCCGAAGGUCCUGUCACCCACCACCCUGCAGCAGGGGCUCAACGGCCUGCACCUCUCCUCCGAGCGCAUCCAGGACACCAACCGCCUGAAACGCUCCUUCUCCCUGGACAUCAAGUCCGCCUACUCCCCCGGCCUGCGGCAGGACCCCCCUGGGCCCCCUGGCCCUGGGGAAGCCCCCAAACUCUGCAAGCUGGACAGCCCCUCGGGCUCGGGCAGCCUCAGCCCCUUCUCCCCAGGGGCGGACAGCCCCGACCGGCCCGCGGGGCCCGAGCUGCUGCUGGAGGCCAAGGUGAGGCAGCGGCGGAAGCACCGGCACGCAGCGGGCUCGCCGGCCCACGGGCUCAGCCUCAGCGUCGGCGGGACCUGCGCCACGCGCAAGAGCCCCGGCGCCGAGGAUGGGCUGCCGCCGCGGCUCGGCCAGCCGCCCGCCGCGCCCGGCGCCGCUGCCUGGAGCGGGGUGCACCUGGAGUCCCCCGGCGCUGCCUCGGGCGAGGCCGGCUGGUACUUCGGCAAGGACUCGGGCAGCGCUGGCGGCAGCGGCGGGGGCCUGUUUCCCAGCGCCGGCCCGUACCCGCCGCCGUUCGGCUGCGGCGCGGCGGCGGCCGGAUGCGAGAUCAGACUGAGGGACAAGGCGCGGGCCGAGCCACGGGACGGGCGGCACAGCUGGCAUGAGGAGGCCGGCGCCGAGAAGCAAUUCAAGCGAAGGAGCUGCCAGAUGGAAUUCGAGGAGACCAUGUCCGAGGGCAGGGCUCGGGAAGAGCUGGGCAAAAUCAGCAAACAGUCCAGCUUUUCGGGCAGCAUGGAGAUCAUCGAGGUGUCCUGACACUCACCCGGGGUGCCUGGAGACCUGGGACGGGGCUGGGGUGGGGGGAUAUUUAAGCCGGGGGAGCGGGAAGGGGGGCGGUGGGGUCGGGGGGUGUAUUUAUACUUGCGCGUGCAUUUUCGGGAGCGCAAGCGCUGAAACCGAAGCGAAGGUGGACGAGUCUUUCCAGAGUCGGGAAACAUAGUGGUGGAUGCUUAGUGUCCCUCCUGCACUCACCCUGGUCCUUUCCCGACCAUCCCCAGGGCACCCCAGCCCUCAGAGACCCACGCUCAAAAUUUGGGCCUAAAACUCAAGUGGGAAGAGUUGGGGAAGUGGCAGGGAUUGCAAUUUUGGCUGUGGUGAUGGGGCACAGCACCUGGAGGGGGGACCACAGCUGCCCCUUCCCUGCACCCUGGUGCACUAAGCAUGCUCCGCUGUGUUUCUCUGGCUAGGUAUCCUAAAAAUGCUGCACUGGAGCAGCCCUAUACAUAUAUAAAUAUAUAUUAUAUAUAAUAUAAAGAAAAAAACCCGAAAACACACACACAAAAGAAAAGGUAAAUGGUUUUACUGCAAUUUUUAUUGAGACGUAAAUAAUAUUUCAAUUUUUUGUUUUGUUUUUAAUUUAUUGAAGCUGUUCAUUCUGGCAAUGAUUUGCAGACAAUGUGGGGCGGUACUUUCAGCUCUAUUUUUACUGUGUAUGGUAUUUAAAUCUGAAAUACGAGUUUCUAAGCAAUAUCUGAGGCCUGUGGCUCCUUCUGUAGUUAAUGUCCACAACAUAGAUUUCCCCCCUUCUCUCUGAGCAUACCAACAAGGGGACAGGAGACUCUUCUGGGCACUUUUUUCUAGAAAUGAACAAGUAAACGAGCAAACCAUAAAACCUUCUUAUGACACAAACUGAGCCAGAAAACUCUUCUGGAAGCUGCUGCCUCUUCUUCCCACUUUGGUCUCUGUUUCUCCUCAUCUCCAUCCCAGCCAUUACCACCAUCCCAGCCAUCAUCCCAUCCUAGGCAUUGUCCCCAUCCUGGCCGUCCCCACCCACCCCCUCCCCUCCCCUCCUCUUGGCUGCCCAUCCUUGUUGGAGGGGGAAAGGUGGGAGUCACCUGAAGUGGAUGGAAGGCUGCAGGAUGUCACCUCCAGCUGCAUAGGGAAGGCGUCGGAAGCUGCCACAGCAGAGGGAGGGACGGGAGGCUGGUGGUAGAUGGGAUUUCUUGUUGGGAGGUGUCUUGCCUGCUUGCCUGCCCCAGCCCUUCAGCUCCCCCUCACCUCAGCUACCUUGCUUGGGAAGUAGGGGCACCACUCUCCCUUUGGGGGCAGCGGUUCUUCUGGCUUCCCACAUCCUUUGUUUCACAUCUGACUCAGGGGGAGCGCGUUUGCAGGUGCCAGCUCUCUCCCGGUCCUGUUGCCCUCCAGAGGCCAGUUCCCCACCAUCCAGCGGAUGAUAAGCUGUCCAGACAUGAAGCUCUGCAAGCACAUGAAGGGGCACAAGUGAAUUAUUUUUGGAGAUGGUUGGCUGCUUCCUCCCAUCUGGUGGGAAGCCAAGCUCUUGCCCCCAAACCCCAAUGUCAGGAUUGCUGAGAAGCUGCUUUCUGAAGCUGGAGGCACUGAGCUGCCUCCACUGCAAAGCACAUCUCUCCCUGCAGCUCUCUUUGCUUUCUCCCUUGUCUCGCACUAGUUUGCAAAGCUGAUACCUCAGGGGUCUGUGUUCGUGCAUGUCUGUGUCCUGUGUCAUCCUUGGAGUGUUGGUUUUUUUCUUUCCUGGGUCCACAUGGUUUCUCUCCCUUUCCCUUGUUCCUCCUCUUGUCAUUCGUUUCUAUCUUUAAAUCAAACUACCCGUGACAAAACCAAAUGAUCUCAGGUUUAAAACUGAACAUAAAGCAGAGGCGUGAGGAGCUGCAAUCACACGAGGAGGGGCUGCUCGCUUCAGCUCGUUGCUUCCUCAACCACCUCUGUGUUUGCUGUUGAGGCAAGUCUCCCUGGAGACUCCUUGCUCCCUUCCGGCUUUAGUUUUUCUGGUUUUCCACGGAGCUAUUUGGUGAAAUGCUGGGGACCCCCACCUGCUCCUGGGUGGUUCCCCACAGUGUGGCAGGGAGGGAUGGGGGUGGAUGGAGAGCCAGGGACCACCUGCUCCUCUCCCCACAUCACUUUUGAUGAGAGCGAGAGAUGUCAGAGUCAGUCCUGAAAAGCCUACCACCACCCAUCAUUGCCUCCAGCAACCACCUCAAACCUGCUUAGUGUUGCCAACCUGAACAUUGCUCUCUUCCCGUCAUGAAGCAGUGAUGGCACUAUUUUCUAAGCUCCCUUUCUAGACUCCAGAAAGCAUUUAGGUCCAGCCCAUGAGCCAGGAAGCUAUUUCAGGAGCUCCACUUGCAUCAGGCUGUCCUAAGUAGGCAUCAAUGUCAAGUCCAAGGAGGGAGAAGAAAAAGACUUCAUCCUUCCUCUGGUGCCUCCUCACUGGGCAAUGUGUUAGUGUCACCUGCCUCCUGUCCAAGGAGUCUGGUCCUCCUUCCCCUUCUGCUGGCCUCGGUGGUGGCAUCUCUUCCCAAGCAUGCCAGUGGUGAUUGUCUGCUGAUCUCUGCCCCGUAGCACUCAGUCCCUGACCAUCCCAUAGUCCUCCAGGGUUGGUGCCAGCAUGGACUUAACUGAGCUCAGGUCAGACAAGUUGCUGGCAGGAACUGGUGUAGCUUUGAGCAAUGGAGAGAGGCUUAAAUGACUUCCCAAGGGAUGUGAUAGAAAGGACAACAGGUGGCCAAUACCAGGUGGGGAGAUGAGACAAAGCACUAGCAAGCUCCCAUCUAAUUCUUCCUGUUAAGUGACACAGAGUGUUGCAAGCACAAAAAAGCAGAUGGAGCUGCUGACCUGAAGUCAGGAAGGAGAGGACGCAUGUUGCAAAUGAGAUGCCGAAUGUCUGCAAAGAGGCAGUGGCUUGCUUUUUGUCAUCUACACUCUGCCAUCGCCUGGAUGCUUCUGAGACUUGUUUGAGGUUUUACACACUGUGGACUCUUCUCUGAAACCAGAACAAAGAUAAGUAUAUUUUAAGAUUAGUAGAUCAUAGAUAUUCAUGACCCACCUCUGCAGCCUUUGCAUUCAUCCCUCUCCUUUACAUUGGGCAUGUGCAUCAGAAACCCUCAUAUAUACAAUAUUUUAAGUCUAUAUCCAGAAAGUAAGCCUUGAUGGAGCAGCUCUGCCCACGUGUCUCCUGCCCAUCCUGACCCAAAGCCAUCAGGGUCACCAAGUGGCUUGCAAAUAACAUUUUUUUUUUUUAAUCAAACUCUGUCUAAUGAACCACUUUGUCCAUGAGUCAGAAGCUGUGAAUUGUCAUGAGGACGGAUGUGGUAAUCCUCCACAUCAUCUGUCAGCCAAGUCUUUUUUGUGAGUUCUCACAGCCAGCUGACCCUUCCCAAAGCCUCAGUGGAACCAAAAAUCACCUUUCAAUGCCGAUCUGGUGAGGGUGCAUUCAUUUGUAAGGACCUACAGAGGUGGAAGUGUGAGCAGAGGAGAGGAAAGGUCUCUUCUUUCAAGGGAGGAACCAACAGAGCUGCUGAGUGUCCGAUGGCAGUGGCAAUGCCUGCACUUACCACCACAUGAAGGACUGAGCAAAUCACAGCUUUCCUUCAAACUAGGAAGGACAUUUUGCUCCUUUCCCUCCAGCCUCUGCCUGUCCUCAGGGCUGAGCCUCCCAGCCACCUCCGUCCCAGCUGAGCAAAGCUGGCAAGAGGGCAGUGAUCAGGUUGGCAACACUGAGCCAGAGGCUUGGGUCAGAGCAGGCUCGUCCCUGGCCUCAGCAGCAGCAUCCCCAGCCCCUGCUGCUUUCCCAGCCCUUCUCUUUGUCUGCUUGUUUCUUUGGAUGUCCAUCCCCGUUACAUCUGCCCCUUAGGAGACAAUGCCCCUCAGAAACCCCUCCUGCUGUCCCCUUUCCCCUCCCAUUCUUAAUACUAAUGAUAAUAAGCUAUCAGUGUUGUCAUUGCAAUCUAUGAAUGAUAGAUUUGAGUAUUUAUGAUUAUUAUUAUUAUUAUUAUUAUGGUUAUGAUUCUGUACUUUUUUGCUUCUUACUCUUUGUAUGUUGCUCUUUGUUUCUCUGUUGUGAAUAAAAGCAAGGCCCCACCUCACCUUCUCUCUGCUCCCCACAGCCCGGCUGUGGCUGACUCGGCACAGCUCCCGGCUGCCCCAAACCUCAGGAGGCAAACCCUCAUCAGAGGAGCUGGAGGGAGGUGCUUCCUACGGAUAUAAAGGCACCCAAGCCCGGGGCAGAUCCAUUCUCUUAACUCUUCCCUUCCCUUCCUGCAGCUCCUCUCCCCCAAAGAGGUUCCUGCUCAUCUUUUCAAGAGGCAGGAGCCCACUGGCACCAACAACAGAGGAUUAAAUGGUAAAAGCUUAAAGCUUUAAGGAGCAUUGGCCAGGCAUCCAGUUCAUGGAAUCGGCUCCCUCCAGGUCAUGGUCCUCUCACCUUCUUCAGCUGGCUGCGGCUGCAGGCUGCAUCUUCACCCGCAGGGGCUUCUUGCUCUGGCAUCGAAGCUGCUUUGCAAAGCUGCCCUGCUCAGCUGAGCCUGGGACAUUGUCUGCUGCUUUAGCCACAUGCCCUGGGCUUCCUGGCCUUGAGUGUCCUCCUCACGCUGGUGGUUCCCCUGCCCAGGAGCAGCACAGCCUGGAGAAGACACAUGGACAGUGCUAGAGCAAGCCCAGUGGCAGAGCCACAGGGAGACAUGUGAGAGGCCUCUGGUACCUGGAGGGAUUUAGACAGGCUGGGAAUAGCUCCCAGCAUGGGACUUGGUAUGGUCUUUAUCAAACACAGAUAAAUCGUGGUGUCAUGAGCAGACAGAGGCUGGUGCUGGUUUUUUGAACACAUUGCCUGUGCUCCUUGUACAACCUGGAAGUUUCCAGAUGACUGUAAGGUGUAGGAGGAGACAUUAGGGGAAGGGAAGAGGACCCCCAUCUGCACUGUGGUACAAAAUAUUCUCUGUACUGCGCCAGCCCCAUGAAGAAUCAUUUUAAUUUGCGGGGUUUAACACUGCCCUUCUCCAAGUGGCCCAGGCACAGUUUCUUGUCUCUGUCGUGACUUCGCUUUGUCAUGGGUCGGGGUCCUUCUCAUCAUGCUGUGCUGAACACAUUUCCAAGGUUGCUCUGAGACCACACUGGAGAGGAGAGAGCUCAGGUCUCACCCCUCUCUUGGGGGACCCUAGUAGAUCUCUGUUGGGGUCCCGGUCCAGCAUCACCCUUCCUACCUCACCUGCCUUUGGAGCAGCCAUGGACAGGGAGGGAGCAGGCAGGUUCCGACCAUGCCGGGACUGACCCUUCUUCUCCCUUCCUCAUCCCUGUAGGAUCAGACCCUUCCUCAGCAAGCACAACACAGAGAGGGGGUCUGUACCCACCCUGAUGUACCUGGGGACUCCCAAGCAUGGAAGAGAGGGUCUGGCCUCCAGCCCCACCACACUCCCUUCCUCGCUGUCCAUUUGGCCAGCGCCGGCGUCGGACCCGGGGAGACACCCUGCCCCUGCCUUGUCUUUAUUUAUUUAUUACCAGAGGCUGUAAACAGCAGUGCUUUUCUACCCUCUACUUUCUUUUCCUUUCUUUUGUAUUUUGGAACAAAGUGUUGUAAUAAAUACCCAAAUAGGUGUUUUAACA